AUGUUCGCCUCACAAAUACCCUCGUCUCCCUCCACCCCCUUCCGCCAAACCACCCACUACUCUCCAGCGCGGCCCUCGCCCCUCGGCCAGCGCAACUCCAACAUCGUCACCCCCCCAUGGACCAUGGGUUCUCCGACGCGCGCGGGACAAUCGCACAAGCCCACCGAAUAUGACGAGAAUGCGCCUUUCUCCCCCGUCUCUUUCCCACGCUUUUCCAUCCAGAGUGCGCCCCCACCGCAGCGCCAGCACCAACAGCCAGUCUCGUUCUUCGCGUCUUCGCCCUUGCACAACCAGUCCCCGGCGCCGAUGUCACCGGCAUCGCCAUCGCCGUCCACCCGCCCCCGCUAUGCGGACCGCUACGUUUCAGAGAUCGCUAAUCCGAUGAAGACGACGACCUCGCUGGCGCGCUCAAAGACGCGUAAGAUGUUCCUGAACCGAAUCCGCCAGGACCGCGACACGGGUCGGUUUGAGGCGCGCGGCGAGCAGAUGAUGAUGGCGGAGCACUUGGCUGAUAAGCGACGAUGGGAGGAGUGUAUGGCGCGGGAGGCCGAUGGGGCGAUGCACGGCGUUGAUGCAGAUCUUGAAGAGGACAAUAUGCUUCCUGACGAGGCUGAUGUCCGCGCGCUGGAUGAGUAUGUCUUGCAGGAGCAGGCGAUGGAGAUGGCCAUGCAGGAGAAUUUGGGAUCUGGUUCGAAUGCGCACCAUCAGCAGCCGACGGAGCCGAACGUUUCGUUCAGCGAUGAGGAUUAUGAUGACAUCUUUAUGGGCUUGUCGGAUACCAACCAGGACAUGGAUAUGUCAUAG